AGCACGUUCGAUCAGCAUUAAGGCUGUUUCUGAUGAUAGUUUUUUUCGGGUACACAAUGGUUUGGAUCAUGACGCCCACAAACACAUUCUAUUUGCACUGGUUGCCUCGUAUCCAUGCAAAAACAGAUUCAACAUACUUCGGAAGGCAAGGUGCAAAUAUGCUUAUUUACACAUUCCCAAUCCUAUUCAUAGCCACUAUGGGCUGUCUAUACCUUCAUUUGGGAAAGAUAAAUGUUGAUUAUGAAACUGAAAGGAAUGUGGUGAAUUCUUGUCUGGCAUCAUGGAAAAGACCAGUCCUAGUGAAAGGCCCUCUUGGAAUUGUUUCUUGGAUAGAGCUAUGCUUUUUGACCAUGUUUAUUGCAAUGUUGGUCUGGUCUUUCUCUUCUUACUUGCAUGGCAUGUUUGCCAAUGUCACCCAACAGGCAGCGCACGAGGGAGAGCACGUGUGGGAAGCUAAGUUGGAAAGUUCAGCACUAAUGCUAGGCCUCGUUGGGAACAUCUGUUUAGCCUUUCUCUUCUUUCCGAUAAGCAGAGGAUCAUCAAUUUUGCAGCUCAUCGGCCUCACAUCGGAGGCAAGCAUCAAGUAUCAUACCUGGCUCGGCCAUAUUGCAAUGACCCUCUUUACGGCACACGGCUUAAGUUACAUUGUCUUCUGGGCUAAGACACAUCAACUUUCACAGAUGCUCAAAUGGGACAAGAUUGGCAUUUCAAAUGUGGCUGGAGAAGUAGCUCUACUAUCAGGAAUAGUCAUGUGGGCGACAAGCUUCAGUAGCCUAAGGCGAAAGCUUUUCGAGCUCUUUUUCUAUACUCAUCAUCUCUACAUUAUCUUCGUUGUCUUCUUUGUGCUUCAUGUGGAGUUCUCCUAUUCUUGCAUCAUAUUUCCGGGGUUCGCCCUCUUCUUAAUUGAUAGGUACUUACGAUUCUUACAAUCCCAGCAAAGAGUUCGCUUGGUUUCUGCCCGCGUUUUGCCCUGUGAAGCUGUUGAGCUGAACUUCUCCAAGAACCCAGGUUUGAGCUAUACUCCAACAAGCUCUGUGUUCAUAAAUGUGCCCAGCAUUUCCAAGCUGCAAUGGCACCCUUUUACCAUCACCUCCAGCAGCAAAAUGGAUCUUGACAAGCUUAGUGUCGUCAUAAAAAGUAACGGAAGUUGGUCACAGAAAAUGUAUCAGACGUUAUCAUCCCCCUCACCUAUGGAUCGCAUGGAGGUCUCCAUUGAAGGACCCUAUGGACCUCCUUCAACUCAUUUUCUAAAGCAUGACAUGGUGGUAAUGGUGAGUGGAGGAAGCGGCAUCACUCCCUUCAUCUCCAUCAUUCGGGAGCUCCUCUUUAGGUCCAACACUAGAGGAGGCAAGAAUCCACGGGUUCUUCUUAUAUGUUCUUUCAAGAAGUCUUUGGAUCUCACCAUGCUACAACUUCUCUUCCCAGUUUCAGGCACCAACCUUGACACUUCUCGCUUGCAAUUGCAAAUUGAAGCCUACGUGACAAGAGAAAAAGAACCCACAACAGAGGACCAAAAGCUCCUCCAAACCAUUUGGUUUAAGCCCGAUGCAUUAGAUGUACCGAUUUCUGCGGUUUUAGGCACAAAUAACUGGCUCUGGCUUGGCGCGAUAAUCUCGUCUUCUUUUAUUGUUUUCCUCCUACUCAUCGGCAUUCUCACGCGUUGUUAUAUAUACCCAGUUGACCAUAACUCUUAUAUGAUAUACUCCUACUCUUUGAGAUCUGCUCUAAACAUGUUACUCCUAUGUGUGUCAAUAGCCGUGACUGCCACUGCAGCUUUUCUUUGCAACAAAAAACAGAAUGACAAGGAGUUAAGGCAGAUUCAGAACAUGGAUGUGCCAACACCAAUGACGUCGCCAGGCUCAUGGUUUCACAAUGUAGAUAGAGAGUUGGAAAGCCUUCCCCAUCAGUCUUUUGUCCAAACCACAAAGAUCCACCUUGGUGAAAGACCUAAUCUGAAGAGAUCAAGCAUUGGAGUUCUUGUCAGUGGCCCAAAACAGAUGAGGCAGGAAGUUGCUGAAAUCUUUUCAUCUGGUUUGGCAAAUAACCUGCAUUUCGACUCCAUCAGCUUUAGUUGGUAGAAUGAAUGAAAGCUUUGUGUUUCUCCACUGGGGAGAUUUUCUUAUUUUCAGUAUAUUUGUGUAAGAUAAAGUAUACAUGCUUUGGAUAUGAUGUUAGAAAGAGAAAUUCUGGACGUCAUACCCAUAUUUUUCUU